UUUUUUUUCCCAACCUCACACCUCCCGAAUUCGGGUUGCAAUCGACGACAACGAUACCAGCGACACAGCACAGCAAAGGGAUAACGUGCAGUAUCCGACGGCCAUGGCGGAGGGGAGUAGCAGCGGGUCAGCACCGCCGGCCGAAACAACAGCCCAAUGCGAGUGCCUGGUAGUAAACCCCGACUCCUUCCUCUUCACCGCCGACCCCUACUCCGACGGCAAACCCCUCCCGACCCGCACCGACCACCCCCCACCAACCCCCACAUCCGCCUUCGACCACUCAACAAUCCAUAACGCCGCCUCCCUCCUCCGCACCGGCUCCGUCGUUGCCUUCCCCACCGAAACCGUCUACGGCCUCGCCGCCAACGGCCUCUCCCCCACCGCCGUUCGCUCCAUCUACGCAGCCAAAGGCCGCCCGAGCGACAACCCCCUCAUCCUCCACGUUUCUUCCCUCGCCAUGAUCGAACAGCUCAUCCUACCCCCCUCCAACCCCCACAUCCCGCAAAUAUACCACGAGGCCAUAAAACAAAGCUGGCCCGGCCCGCUCACCAUCCUCUUGCCCCGUGGCCCAAACGUGCCUCUGGAAGUCACGGGAGGCCAUGAAACCGUCGCGGUGAGGUUUCCGUCACAUCCCAUCGCACGCGCACUCAUCGACGCGUGCGGGUUCCCACUCGCGGCACCAUCGGCAAACACAUCCGGCCGCCCGUCGCCAACCCUCGCAUCCCACGUCUUCUCCGACCUCGCGACCCGCGGCGUGCCGCUAAUUAUCGACGGCGGAGCCUGCGGAUACGGCGUCGAAAGCACCGUUCUAGACGGCCUAUCCUCCCCACCCGUCGUGCUUCGCCCGGGCGGGGUCACAGUCGAGCACCUCCGCACAUUACCAGGUCUGGAAAACUUACGAGUCUACAAGAAAGAUUUCGUCGAUGGAGCACUGGAAGCCGCGCCGACCACACCGGGGAUGAAGUAUAGGCAUUAUACGCCCGAAGCUGAGGUCGUCGUGUUUGAACUCCCGGAGGGAUCGGAGGAUACCCUUGCAUUACGAGCGGCGGUGGAUACUCACGCCGAGGGCCUGCUCGCCACCCUUCCUCCCGCCCAGCGGAUCGGGAUCCUGCGCACCACAGCCUGCUCAUCCCCAUCGUGGCCACAUGAGAACUCAGAUAAAAUAACAACCCUCCAAAUAGGCCCAACCCCAACUCUCGUCGCGCACAACAUCUUCGCGGCCCUGCGGACGAUGGAACAGCGGGGUGUGAGUGUCAUAUUAGUUGAAGGUGUCGCCGACGAGAGGGAAGGGUUGGCGGUGAUGAAUAGGGUUAGGAAGGCUGCCAGUCGGGUGGUUGUUGUUGGGUAGAUGGGGUUGCGCCGGUGUUGGGGCGGUUUUGUCUGUAGACAUUACAUAACUAGAUCUUGGAGCUAUGCGACCGAUAGAGGGCGCCUCUUUGAUGGAGACUACGAACAUGGGAACCAUAGUCGGCAAUCGACCAUGUGUUAAGUGUCGGCCUGCCUGCUUCCGUUUCCACAU